UCCAGACAGCCUCUCCAUUACCUCAACAUUGCAAUCCGCGGUGGCGCUGCCGACGUCAUCUUUAAUCAGAAAAAUAUGCGGGUUCUUCGGAGCAGCAAGCCAUGCUCCUACAAUUCCUCAAACUCCUGCAAAUCAAGUGUCAACAAACAGCGUCCAUUCAAAAUGCCGCUUCCUGACCUGAAAAAUGUGCGGGUUCUUCGGAGCAGCAAGCCCCUCCUAUCGCUACGCUCCUUCAAUUCCUCAAACUCACGCAAAUCAAGUGUCAACAGGCAGCGUCCGUUCAAAAUGCAGCUGCCCGACCUGAAAAAUAUGCGGGUUCUUCGGAGCAGCAAGCCACGCUCCUACAACUCCUCAAACUCCUGCAAAUCAAGUGUCAACAAACAGCGUCCGUUCAAAGUGCCGCUUCCUGACCUGUUUCAGACUGAGGCACUACACCGUGAUAUCCUCAACAGGAAUAAAACAGCAUUCAACCAGGUUAUUGAGCGGUACAUUUCCCUGGCACACGGACUUCCUCCUCCACUAGAUGAAUGUCCCUACCAGUCUCCACACAACAGCAAAAACAAACCAAGUUCAACUCCCUUAUACCCCCAGAAGAACCUUUCCAGGACAGGUGCAACCAUAAAAACCAGCACUGUCUCCCCAGCGAUCUCAUUGAGGCAAGAUUCAUGUUGUGAUGAGGAUGAUCUUGUUAGAGAAGUAGAGGAAUCACUGCAGAGGAGGAAACAACAGCUUGGGUUAAGUGAUGACUUUAUAUGUGAGGAGAUAGAGGAUUAUGAGGUUGUUGAGGAUGACCCCACUUGGGAUGGCUCUCAUUACCAUGCCAGGAUGAAUUUACCCACCAGAUUGCAUAAAAAGAGAAAACUUUCUGAUAAUCUUAUUACAAACACAGUGGGGUCGUCUGAUGAAAACAAGUCUCGAAAGAAAGCAAAAGCACCUGUGGAUGAAGUAAGCCUUUCCCAAAACAAAACUGCUGAUUUGAGGAAGCUUUCUGUGCAGGACAGGCUUUCAGAUGUGAGCAACUUACCAAGAAGAAGAGGUAGACCUCCCAAAAGAAAGUCAGUGCUGGAGGUGAAUGCUGAGGGUGAUAUAUCAAAGAAAAAAUGUAGAUUGCCCAAACAAAAGUCAGUGCAGAAGGUGAGCGUUGAGGGUGAUACAUCAAGGAAGAGAGGUAGACAGCCCAAAGCAAAAGUGGCGGCAGAGAGUCAAGAAAAUCUGAGACAGAACAACCCAAGGAAUGAACCCAAACGGAGAGGCAGGCCACCCAAGAAGAAUAAAACAUUGAGUCUGAACCCCACCAAGGACGGAACCUCAAACAAAAGGUCAGGUGAUGAAUACAAAGAACCCAAACGGAGGGGCAGGCCACCCAAGAAGAAUAAAACAUUGAGUGUGAACCCCACCAAGGACGGAACCUCAAACAAAAGGUCACCUGAUGAAAACAAUGAACCCAAACGGAGGGGCAGGCCACCCAAGAAGAAUAAAACAUUGAGUGUGAACCCCACCAAGGACGGAACCUCAAACAAAAGGUCACCUGAUGAAAACAAUGUGCCACAAAAGAGAGGCAGACCAUUCAAACAGAAAGCAACAGGGACUCUUAAGAUCCACACUCAAAACUGUAGUGUAGUGCUGAGAAGGCUUGGUGGGGGCAGUGAGGGCAUCCUGUCUGUAAAUAAAACAAAUGAAACCAGGACAGUGUGCAGUAUUAGAGGUGCAGAAGAGGAGGAGGAAAGACCUCAAGAGAGCAGUGAUAGUAGUGUGAAGUUGGUGCAGGAGGCAGUGGGAGGGACUGCUGGUAUUCUGCAUAGGGUUGAAUAUGGGAAGUAUAUAAUCUGCCUCCUUGACACCAUGGACACGAUGCUUAUCAUGGUAAAUGAAAACUCCAGUGAAACUAGUUCUGUCUGA